GGGGAGGGGAGGGGGGCUCCUUCCGGCACGUGCGGGCCGCUGGACAACGAUCUCUUGGAUGUACCCUUCAGUGCUGCCCGGACCCCUCCCGGUACUUGCCGAGCCACGGGCCGCGGCGGCUACCGCCCGGCCUCCCCAGACGACGCUCCGCAGCAGCAUCGCCCGCGGCCUGGAUCCCGCAACCCCCGACAGUGAGCGGCGGGCGCUCCGGCCAAUCCCGGACCUUCAGGAAGUCGCGCCGCUCCGGCGAGAGAGGGGCUGAGCACAGGAAGCGGAAGUGCCCAUCGGUGGCGGAACCGUGCAGGAAGGCGGAAGUGGCUUCGCUAGGGAAGUUCCCGGAGUGGAGAUGGCGCGAGCUGGACGCGGUGCAGCGGUGCCCAGGGCGCAGGCGGGUCCUGGGAGUCCCCGGCGGGCACGGCAGCGGCAGCAAGUGCAGCCGCUGGGGAAGCAGCGCCCAGCCCCGUGGCCCGGGCUUCGCAGCAGAGAGAAGAAGAAAGUGAACUGCAAGCCCAAGAACCAGGAUGAACAAGAGAUCCCUUUCCGUCUCCGGGAGAUUAUGAGGAGCCGCCAGGAGAUGAAAAACCCGAUCAGUAACAAGAAGAGGAAGAAAGCAGCCCAGGUGACCUUCAGAAAAACACUGGAGAAGGAAGCAAAGGGAGUGGAGCCCGACAUUGCCAUCCCCAAGUUCAAACAGAGGAAGGGGGAAUCUGACGGGGCCUAUUUCCAGCGCAUGCAGCAAGAGGCCCAGCACGUGCUGUUCCUCAGCAAGAACCAGGUCCUCCGGCAGCCAGAGGUACAGGCGGCUCCCACGGAGAGGUCUGAGCAGAAAAAAGCAAAAAAAGCGUUCCAGAAGCGGCGACUAGAUAAAGUCCAACGGAAAAAGGAGGAAAAGGCGGCAGACAGGCUGGAGCAGGAGUUGCUCCGAGACACGGUGACGUUUGGAGAGGUUGUCCUGCAGCCCCCAGCGCUGACUGCCAGGCCCCGGAGGAGUGUAAGCAAGGACCAGCUUGGCAGGAGAUCGCAGGCGCUGAGGAUGCUUCUGAGCCCCAGCGGUGUGUCCCAGCCUCUGACCGCCUCCUUGGCCCGCCAGCGGAUUGUGGGGGAGGAAAGAGAGCGGGCCGUGCAGGCCUACAGGGUGUUGAAGCAGCGGCGGCGGCUGCUGCACGGGGAGCGACCCCACCUCACUUCCCGGAAGAAGCCAGAGCCGCAGCCGUGAUGGAGAGACACCCGGGGCCCGGCCAUGCUCCUGGGAAACUGGCACCAGGAGCUGCCACACCUGAGUCGGGGAGAGGCAGGCCAUGCCAGCAAUGUGGGGUGGGGCCUCCAGCUACUUGUUCACACAGUGGGCACUAGCGGGUCCACAUCUUGCAAGGGGUAAGUGUCCGACGGACUAGGGCCAAGGCCUGGUUGACAGACGGCCCGCGGGGCCCGGUAUCACUCACAGCUCCAUGUCUUUGUUUUGAACGUCCAUUCUGAGUGUCAGCCCAGGUACACCUUAGGAAGGGCUGGGUCCCUGUCCCCGAACACCAACUAGUGAGACAGCUGAUGAGGCUGGCUCGGUGUGUGAUGGAGGCCCCGGGAGUCAGCAGAGCCGAGCACACAGUGCACAUCAGGCAGAGCAGGCCACGGGCAGGGAAGACGCUUCGGGGCAGGGCCACUGGGCACCUCUGGACCACCUGCGAGGGCUCUGCAGGCGACCAUGACUACAGGUCAGUUGCGAGUGGUCCCCACAGAGGCUGCCCACCCAAGGUCUGGUUGGGGUGAAACGUGACGACAACACAUACACUAAGGUGGGAACUGGGGGCUGGGCACGGUGGCUCACACCUAUAAUCCCAGCACUUUGGGCAGCCGAGGCAAGUGGAUCACCUGAGGUCAGGAGUUCAAACCAGCCUGGCCAACAUGGUAAAACCGCAUUUCUACUAAAAAUACACGAAAAGAGAAAAAAAAAAAAAAACGGAACAGGGUUGUCACCUACCUCACAGGGCUCUGAGAGAGCCGGGAGGCCCAAAGUGGCUGGAGAAAGUAAAGGAAAAAUCCUGGCCUGGGCUCGGGGUCACAGAGUGGGGCCCAGGGGGAGUUCCUGCUGCGGGCAGGGCCGUGCCAGACUUCAGUCUCCAUCCAGUGCCAAAGGAGGGAGGCCCAGGCUGUCAGCAUUUCCAGAUGAGGGCAGAAGGGAGAGGCUUAAACCCAAGUCACACAUCCAGCAAUGGAGUCCGACUGCCCAGCACCGUCUAGGGAGUGAGGCGUGCCUCUGCCCAGAUGCCAACCAACGAUCUGGGAAGGGAGGAGCGCCUGGGUCCAGCCACCGCCAACCAUCUGGGAAGGGAGGAGCGCCUCUGCCCGACCAACUCUUCUGGGAAGUGAGGAGCGCCUCUGCCCAGCUGCCCAACUGACUGGGAAGUGAGGAGCACCUGUGCCUGGCUGCCAACCAUCUGGGAAGAGACGAGCGCCUCUGCCCAGACACCGCCCCGUCUGGGAAGGGAGGAGCACCUGUGCCUGGCCGCCCCACCGUCUGGGAAGCGAGGAGCGCCUCUGCCCGGCCGCCAACCAUCUGGGAAGAGAGGAGCGCCUCUGCCCAGACACUGCCCCCUCUGGGAAGUGAGGAGCGCCUCUGCCUGGCUGCUGCCCCACCGUCUGGGAAGGAGUGCCACUGCCCAGCUGCCCAUCGUCUGGGAAGUGAGGAGUGCCUCUGCCCAGCCGCUGUGCAACCUUCCAACUGUGAAGUGACAGCCUUGUAUGUGAUCUUUUCUGUCUUCCCCAAGUUUGCAUUUUCGACAUUAAAGUUUACCUUUUAGUUAAAAGUUUUAAUGUGGAGAAUAUAUAUUUAAAGU